AUGCCGGCUGAGCUGCUGCUGCUGCUGAUUGUUGCCUUCGCCAGCCCCAGCUGCCAGGUGCUCUCAUCACUGCGCAUGGCUGCAAUCCUGGACGACCAGACAGUGUGUGGCCGCGGUGAACGUCUGGCCCUGGCUCUGGCCCGGGAGCAGAUCAACGGGAUCAUCGAAGUCCCAGCCAAGGCCCGGGUGGAAGUAGACAUCUUUGAGCUUCAGCGGGACAGCCAGUACGAGACCACGGACACCAUGUGUCAGAUCCUGCCCAAGGGGGUCGUGUCCGUCCUGGGGCCCUCGUCCAGCCCUGCGUCUGCUUCCACCGUGAGCCAUAUCUGUGGAGAGAAGGAGAUCCCCCACAUCAAGGUGGGUCCCGAGGAGACACCCCGCCUGCAGUACCUGCGCUUCGCGUCCGUCAGCCUGUACCCCAGUAACGAGGACGUCAGCUUGGCCGUCUCCCGAAUCCUCAAGUCCUUCAACUACCCCUCGGCCAGCCUCAUCUGCGCCAAGGCCGAGUGCCUCUUGCGGUUGGAGGAGCUAGUGCGUGGCUUCCUCAUCUCCAAGGAGACGCUGUCAGUGAGGAUGCUGGAUGACAGCCGGGACCCCACGCCGCUGCUCAAGGAGAUCCGCGAUGACAAGGUGUCCACCAUCAUCAUUGAUGCCAAUGCGUCCAUCUCCCACCUCAUCCUCCGUAAAGCUUCAGAGCUGGGAAUGACCUCAGCGUUUUACAAAUACAUCCUCACCACCAUGGACUUCCCCAUCCUGCACCUGGACGGGAUCGUGGAGGACACCUCCAACAUCCUGGGCUUCUCCAUGUUUAACACCUCACAUCCCUUCUACCCCGAGUUUGUGCGCAGCCUCAACAUGUCCUGGAGGGAGAACUGUGAAGCCAGCACCUAUCCAGGUCCCGCGCUGUCGGCGGCCCUGAUGUUUGACGCCGUGCACGUGGUGGUGAGUGCCGUCCGGGAGCUGAACCGCAGCCAAGAGAUCGGUGUGAAGCCGCUGGCCUGUACAUCGGCCAAUAUUUGGCCCCAUGGGACCAGCCUCAUGAACUACCUGCGCAUGGUAGAGUAUGACGGGCUGACCGGGCGGGUCGAGUUCAACAGCAAAGGGCAGAGGACCAACUACACCCUGCGCAUCCUGGAGAAGUCCCGGCAAGGCCACCGUGAGAUCGGGGUAUGGUACUCUAACCGGACCCUGGCCAUGAACGCCACCACCCUGGACAUCAACCUGUCGCAGACACUGGCCAACAAGACACUGGUGGUCACGACCAUUCUGGAGAACCCGUACGUCAUGCGGCGGCCAAACUUCCAGGCCCUGUCCGGGAACGAGCGCUUCGAGGGCUUCUGCGUGGACAUGCUGCGGGAGCUGGCUGAGCUGCUGCGCUUCCGCUACCGCCUACGGCUGGUGGAAGACGGGCUGUACGGGGCGCCCGAGCCCAACGGCUCCUGGACGGGCAUGGUCGGCGAGCUCAUCAACCGGCAGAAGGCAGACCUGGCUGUGGCCGCAUUCACCAUCACAGCCGAGCGGGAGAAGGUCAUCGACUUCUCCAAACCCUUCAUGACCCUGGGGAUCAGCAUCCUCUACCGAGUGCACAUGGGCCGCAAGCCUGGCUACUUCUCCUUCCUGGACCCCUUCUCCCCUGCCGUGUGGCUCUUCAUGCUUCUCGCCUACCUGGCCGUCAGCUGCGUCCUGUUCCUGGCCGCCAGGCUGAGCCCCUACGAGUGGUAUAACCCACACCCGUGCCUGCGGGCACGCCCCCACAUCCUGGAGAACCAGUACACGUUGGGCAACAGCCUCUGGUUCCCUGUAGGGGGCUUCAUGCAACAAGGCUCGGAGAUCAUGCCCCGGGCGCUGUCCACACGCUGCGUCAGCGGAGUCUGGUGGGCCUUCACCUUGAUCAUCAUCUCUUCCUACACGGCCAACCUGGCUGCCUUCCUCACCGUGCAGCGCAUGGAGGUGCCCGUGGAGUCAGCUGAUGACCUGGCAGAUCAGACCAACAUUGAGUAUGGCACCAUCCAUGCUGGCUCCACCAUGACCUUCUUUCAGAACUCACGGUACCAGACGUACCAGCGUAUGUGGAACUACAUGCAGUCGAAGCAGCCCAGUGUGUUUGUCAAGAGCACGGAAGAAGGCAUCGCGCGUGUUCUCAACUCCCGCUAUGCCUUCCUGCUCGAGUCCACCAUGAACGAGUAUCACCGGCGUCUCAACUGCAACCUCACCCAGAUCGGGGGCCUCCUCGACACCAAGGGCUACGGCAUCGGCAUGCCACUGGGCUCCCCGUUCCGGGAUGAGAUCACCCUGGCCAUCCUGCAGCUUCAGGAGAACAACCGGCUGGAGAUCCUGAAGCGCAAGUGGUGGGAGGGGGGCCGGUGCCCCAAGGAGGAGGAUCAUCGAGCUAAAGGUCUGGGCAUGGAGAACAUUGGUGGCAUUUUUGUCGUGCUCAUCUGUGGCCUCAUCAUUGCCGUCUUCGUGGCGGUCAUGGAAUUCAUAUGGUCCACACGGAGGUCGGCAGAGUCCGAAGAGCCACCUCCUAGUCUGUCCUCCAGAGACCUGACCUUGCCCAUCGCCUGUACAGAGCUGUCCGUGGCUCCCACCGACCCCCAAGAGGGAGGCCAGGGCCCACAGCUUGUCAGUUAA